AUGAUGAGUGUGUUGUUCACCAUGAAACUGGAGAUAUUAUUUCAAUUUGCGAUGUCGGCUAUCUGGAUCAGUGGUGCAUUGGCGUAUGCGGCUGACUACCGAGGACAUGAAAACUGCCAGUGGAACGGAUACUACCACUACCCAAAGCCGUCCAAUUGGAACCACUUGUGUGACAUGAUCAACUGGGUCGUCGGUAUGGCCUAUGCUACGUUUGGUAUCCAGGCGGCCUUCUUAGCUUUUGAUCUGCUUGUGGGCGCUUAUAUUUUCAUGUUCCUUGACCAAGAUUCUAUCAGUGAGCCAUUCUAUGAAUGGGGGAAUCGCGCAUGGGAAUACAAACACAAGCCUGCUGCUCCACUCUCGUCCGUCCACAAUCCCAUGUUGUAUCAUGCAAAUCCAGAGGCACGUGGCGCGAGGAUGUACGGCCCACACUAUGACGAGAAGUACUCCUACGAUAGCACUCUCCGCGAAAGCUAUUCCGACAAAUGGUCUCGCUCGACGCUCGCAGAGCAUCCUCCGAAUCGCCGCGGUGUUGCCUACAGUGAUCCAAGCGUCUCGGAUCGCAUGUCCGAUGAGUCCAGCACGCUUGCGAGCGAGACCCGUUACUACGGUGGCACGUAUUCGCGCAGCAGUGCGAACAGCCGCCGUGCAGGUUUAGCCGAAGCUCCUAGGCCCGCUGGUUCAGGCGGCACAAGCUCCGGCGGAGCGCCAUCGUGGAAAGCACCCAGUGUCACCACCGAUAGCGGAUCGACUCGUGCACCUGUCUCAAUCCGUGCUAAACCUAGAAAGCCACGGCACGCAUCAGCACCUCAAUCGCUCGGCUCACGUGGUCGCCGUGGUACGUCUUAUCUGAGCCGCGACUCGGACACGCUGGAUGAUCACUCUGAAGUCACUGAGUCUAUGAUCAACUCGCGCGCAUAUGAUGACAACGAUUUCAUGCCUGCCGGCCGAGGUGUCUCAUCCAGGCGGAUUCGUCGCCACCGAAAUGUGGAUGGUGACGAUGCUGAUGAUUAUGAUACUGAUGACGAUGAUGGAUGGCAUCUCCGCGAAGAUGCAUACCUGGUCUAG